CUUUAAUAUAAUUUAUUUUAAUCUAAAAUGACUUCUCUUGAGCAAAACCAAGACAUUUCAAACCACGGAAGCAGUAAUGGACAAAUGCAUAAGCAGCAACAAAAGUCUCGUAUUCCUAGAUAUAUGCUGGUCUGGCUUGGAGGAAUAGCUGCGGGAAUUGUCACCUACCUUUUAAUUGUAAAUACGCCGUUAAAUGAGAUGAUAAGCCAAGCUAGAGCUCCAAUUGAAGACUUUGUAAAAGAGAAUAUCCCUGAUUAUUUGUUUAUUUGCAUUCUGGGUGUAGCUGCUCUCUUUGUCAUCUACACAUGAAUCAGAGCACCUCAGUUUUUCAAAAAUGCCCGAGUGAAUAGAAAUCAAGAGGCUGGUAUGGGAGAAAAAGAUUGGACCAGAAGAGAGGAAGAUAAAAAAUUUGUAAAGGAAAAUAGAGAUAUCGUCCAUGUGAUAUCAAAGGAGGAACAUCAACAAGAGUCCGGAUAUGAUAGCCCUAAAAUGAGAAUGAAAUUCUAUCAAAAAUCAAAGACUGAUAAGGAAAAAGUAGAGGAUAGUGAUUACAUUCCUAUCAAUAUGAUCCAUCAAUCCUUUGUUGAUUCUGGAAGGAAAAAUUAAUUAAAAUUUUUUCCACUUCUGCUUUUCUCAGAAAUUUAGUGAGAAGGCAACCAUAAUGACAU